GACAAUAAAUAAAGCCCGGCAGAAGCAGCUGUGCUUCCAUUCGAACUUUUCCCUUCCCACCCUUCCUGUCGUACUCGACUUCAAAUACAAGUUUCGUUGUUCUUCCACUUCCAUUUCAAGCACCUCCAAAGAACACUCCCCCGCGAGACAACGAAGUGCCAUUUAAUACUACUCUAUCCAACGAGUAGCUUCUCCAUUAUUUAAUUUCCCCUUUCUAGUGAUACCCAUAUUCUUGAUACCCAAAUUAGUUUUUCCUUUUAGACAACAAUCAAAAUGGCAGAGGAACAGAAGCCCGUUGAAGUCGCCGAGACUACCCCCGUCGUCGCUGAGCCCGCAACGGAGACGAAGCCUGUCGAGGACAAGCCCGUCGAGACCGCGCCUGUCGCCGAGGCUGCCACUGCUGAGGCACCCGCUGAGGCUACCGAGACAACUGAGGCCGCCGCUCCUGCUGAGGAGGCCAAGAAGGAGGAAGUGAAGCCUAUCGAGGCUGGUACCCUGGAGCACAAGGGUGCUCCCGCCAACUUCCCUAAGAACCUCAUCUACUCCAAGCAGCACUUCUGGUUCGGCGCCGAUGCCAUUCCCAAGGACAAGCUCGCUACGUACCUGAAGAAUGAGAAGGCCACCGACGUUGCCCACCAUGUCGCUGCCUGGGCUACCGAGACCGGAAAGGGUCUCUUCUUCUACGGCAAGGAAAGCGAUAAGAGCACCCCGACCGGCGCUAUCCAACUGGCUGAGGCUUCUGAGCCUACCGUUGAGGGCGCUACCAAGUUCUCUUUCACUGCCAAGGGCCACAAGCACGCAUUCAAGGCACCCACUGCCGCUGACCGUGACAACUGGGUUGAGCAGUUGAAGAUCAAGAUUGCCGAGGCCAAGGAGCUUGCCGCCACUAUUACUGAGACUGAGGCAUACAAGCAGACUCUUGAGAGCUUGAAGCCUACCAAGGAGGAGAAGCCUGUCGAGGCCGAGCCCGCGAAGGAAGAAGCUAAGGAGGAGCCCAAGGAAGAGGACAAGAAGGAAGAACCCAAGGAGGAGGAUAAGAAGGAGGACGGUAAGGACUCCAAGCGCCGAUCUGCCAGCCGAAAGCGCGCUUCCAUCUUCGGCAACCUUCUCGGCAAGAAGGAGACCGCCGCUGAAGACAAGUCCGCCGAGGACAAGCCUGCCGAGACCGCUGAGGCUGCUGAGCCCAUUCCUGAGGACGCUGCCACCGAGACUCCGGCCGUCGAGUCCCUUGCUGCCGAAGAGACCAAGAAGGAGGAGCCUGUCAAGCCUACUCCUACCAAGCGUGCUAGCCUUUUCGGUGGUCUCUCUUUCGGAAAGAAGAAGGUUGAGCCUGAGUCUGCUCCUGCGACUCCUGCUAAGGAUGCUCCUGUUGACGCCUCAGUUGCCGAGACUGCUCCCGUGAUCCCUGCUGUCGAGACUUCUGAACCACUUUCGACAGAGGUUGCUUCUCCCACUACUGUCCCCACUGAGACAACUGAUGUCACUCCUGCCACCAACGGUGAGACCAAGGAGAAGACCGAGAAGCGCAAGUCUACUCUCCCCUUCGGCUUCGGCAAGAAGGAGAAGGCUGCUACCUCUGACGAGGAAGGCGAGAAAGUCAAGUCUCCUCCCUUUUUCUCCAAGCUCCGCCAGACCGUCAAGGGUAAGGGCAAGGCUGAGAAGCCUGCUGAGGAGUCCAAGGCUGAGGACACCAAGCCCGCUGAUGUAGCCGAGGAGACCGAGCCCGCCAAGGAGGCUGAGGCUGAAUCCGCUGUCGCUCCCAUUGCUGAGGAGACGUCCGCGGAGAAGCCUGCUGCCGCUGCCCCGGCUCCCGUCACCGCUGCCGCAUAGAGUGCGCGCCGCUUUGGCCUUCGGGUCAAUAUUUAAUGUUUUCGUAAAGUGUAUCCACGACACUGGGUUUGGUCGGGAACGGAUCUGCAUUUCAAGAUACCCUACGAGACUGGUUUCUAACUGAUACCCCCAUCUGUUGUCGGCGAUUGGCGGGCAUACUCUCUGUUAGUCGGAACAGGGAGUUGGCUGCAUUGACGCAAGGAUGGCAUCCAUGAUCUUUAUACUGACGCUUUUUGCAUGUCUUGUCUCAAUUUGCGAGGAGAACUGCUUUUGUUUUGACACAUCUUUUCCUAAUACUCAACUGAUACCCAGUAUACCCCCUGUCAUUUGGUUGAUGCGGAUCAGAAAAUACCUGCGAAACAGCACACAAAUGUUUCAUCUUUUACAGUGACGGAGUGGGCGGAAUAUGUUGUGACGGGGCUGCUUGAUAUCGAAGCACGCGAGGUCCUCAUACGGAUUAGAUGUCGCGUGUUGUGUUAUGCCACGUAGGGUAUGCACUUGCCGGCUGAAGCAUUCUCUUAAUAGCUAAUAGAUACUCAUGUGUUCAGUGUUGCUAGUCCUAUGCUUGUAUCUUUGUGAUUGCAGUCUUGUCCUGUUAUUAUAGAUCGUUAGCAGUCUUAGUUCCUCAAGCUCCCGAUAGUGAAUCAUUAGCAUCAAUAUGAACCACUUGUUCUUAUA